AUGAUUAAAUUUUUAAUAAUAGUUUUUUUAAUAAUAAAUUUAUUUUUUAUAAAACAAACAAAACAAAGUAUCAAUCAUAAAAUUUAUUUAGAUGAUGAAAAUGGAAAUGAUUUAAAUAAUGGAACAAUUAAUUUUCCAUAUUAUUCAGCAUGUAAACUUGCAGAAGUUUUAUUAAAUAGCUCAAAUCCUUUAGGUGAUAAUUAUAGUAUAUAUUUUAAUAAUGGUGGCCGUUUUAUUGGAUAUUGUUCAUUAACAUUGAAUGGAUAUAGGAACAUUACUUUUCAAAACUAUACUCCACCAACUUUUGAUAGUUCCAAAUUACCUUCAAAUAAUGUAAAUCCUAGUUUGUUAAAUUUAGAGUUUCAAAUUUUAAGUUCAAAUGUAUCCAUUUCAAAUGUCGAUUUAAUUUACGAGAGCUCUAUUCUUUUAAAAUUCAACUGUAUCGAUAGUAGUCUUCAAUUUUAUUCAAGUUUUUUCAAAUUUGUUAUUAGUUUUUCCUCAGAAUUUAUUAGGUCACAAGUAUUUUUUUCAAACAUGAAAUUAAUUCAAAACUUUUAUUCCCAAUUACUUAUUCCAAUCAAAGAUUCAAGAUUUGAAAUUUAUAAUAGUUCUAUUCGUUAUCAAAGUUUUCAAAUUUCAAACACCACUUUUAUUUCAAAUGAUUCGACUUUUGACAAUUGCUUUUUAAAUAUAGAUCCUAUUGGUGAUAAUAUGAAAGGAAGUUUACUUUUUAAAAAUUCAAUAAUAGAUACAACCCAAUUUAAUUUCAGUUCAAUCUCAAAUCAAAAUACAAAAGAAUUAGAGAUAACAAUUAUAGAUUCAAGUGUAUCUUUAUCAUAUUCAACAAAUAUAAUAUUUGGUUUAGUCAGCAAUAAUAAAUUAAUAAUAAAGAAUUGUAAAUUUAGUUCAAUUGGUAUCUAUUUCAUUAGUCUUUUCGGUGGUAGUAAUGCAAGUUUGGUAAUUCAAGAUACACAGUUUAUAGGAUUUAGAUUUGGUAGUGGUUUUCUUUCAAUGGAAAAUAGUACCAUCGACAUUAAUAACAUUACCUUUUCCUUUGUCCAAUCUAAAUCAUACUUUUACCUUUAUGAAUGUAAUGCAACAUUAAGUGAAAUACAUUUUGGUGACUUUUAUAAAGAGUCUGAUAAUUUAAAAGGUGAUACAUUGGUAGAUAUUAAAAAGCCUUCAAAUUUAGUCAUUAGAAAUAGUCAGUUGGUUUAUUCAGGUAAUAUAAUAUUGGGAUAUUAUAAUCCAGAUGGGAAUGUAAAGUUUUCAAAUAUUACCAUUUCAGAUUCAAAAUUUUAUGACACUCAAGGAUUUCAAUUUACAAAAUCAAAAAUUCAAUUUACAAAUGUAAUAGUUAAAACAUUUAGAAAUCUAAAAAGUGUUUUUGACAUUAGCUUCCACAGUUCUUUUAAUUGUAAAAAUUGCCAAAUUUCAAGUACAAGUUUAUUGGGUUAUAUAUUUUAUAUCAAAAACUAUUGUAUAGCUAUUCUAGAGGAUUCUUUUAUUUCAAAUUCAUCAAGUAUUGUAUAUUCAAAUUAUUAUUCAAUUAUAACAUUCAAAAACUGUUCCAUUCACGAUGUAUAUUCAACAAAUACCAAUAUGUUUCAAAUUGAAGGCACUUCUGUAUUUUAUUUGGACAACUGCAAUGUGUACAAUGUAUUCUGUGUUGGCCAAAGUUUUCUCUAUUCUUAUGGUUCAAAAGUUUUUUUUAAAAACAAUAGAAUCAAAUCCAAUAGUUAUGGUUUGGGUGGUUUAGUGAAUAUGGUCUUUAGUAAUGGCAUCUUUUUAGAAAAUUCAAUUGGUUUUUCUUCUUUUCAAAACUAUUUAUUCAAUUUCGAAAAUACAUUUGUAAGUAUGGAACGUACAAUGAUAUCGUUUGUCACAUGUGGAAACAAAGAAGGAUCACUAUUUACAAUUCUUAAUGGAAAUGGUGUGGUAUUUAAUGAUACAACAUAUGAAAGAAAUUCAGUCCCAGUUUUUUAUAAUAUCAGUUCUUCAUAUGUUCAAAUUAAAGGUAGUUUUUUAAUAUAUAACUCUGGUAUCUUUGCUCAAUCGUUUUCAAAUAGUAGGGUUUUAAUUGUUUAUUCAACAUUUUUCUCAAUUCCAUCAGCUACAUUCAAAUAUUUGUUUUUUUUUAAAGAAACUAUUGCCUACUUGUAUAAAAUACAAUUAUCCGAUAGCGUUUUCAUGGGAAGUAGUCUUGAAGCUCAUAACUCUACCAUUAGCCUAUUCUUUGUUGACUUUAUUGGAAAUUCUAUUUUUCUUAAUAAUAAUAGAGAGUCAUCAUUUCUAAUAUUUAAAAAUUCAAAUGUAACAAUUAAAAGCUCUACUUUAGAUGGAAAUAUCCAAUCAUCAGAUAAUUUAAUUGAAUUUUACAAUUGUACAGCCACCUUUAAAGAUAACUCAAUCAGCUAUAAUAAAAUAGAAAAACUUGGUUAUUUAAUUUACUUUAAUAAUUCAACAGUAUUUUUCAAUUCAACAACUUUUAAAAAUUCAACAAGCUCAAAUGGCAUGUUAGGUUUCUUUGAUAAUUCAGAAUCAACUUUUUUCGAAAAUAAUUUUUUAGAUAAUGUAAAUCAAGGUAAUGGUGGUAUAGCUUAUUUUGAUAGCUCUUCCAAUGGUACAUUUAAUAAUAAUAGUUUUAUAAAUACAUUGUCUCAAAUUGGUGGUGUAUUAUUUACUGAAGAGUAUUUUCAAUCGAAUCAAUAUAAUAAUAAUAUUUUUAAUGGUAAUAAAGCAAUCUAUGGUAAUACAAUUGCAAGUUAUGGAAAUUUAAUAUUAUUAUUAUUACCAGAUGAUGAAUCAAGUUUUCCAAUAUCAUAUAUUAGUGUAAUUGAUUUUUAUAAUAAUGUGGUAACAAAUUUAAAUAGUAUUGUAAUUGUUCAAAUUUUUACAUUAUAUACAAAUGGUUCAACAAGCGAAAUUACAUUAAAUAUUUUUCUUAAAGGUGGUCUUGGCUCAUUUUCCUUUUCUUUUAAUGCUCCAUCAACUGUGGACCAUUUUAAGCUCGAUAUUGAAAUCCCAGAUUUGGGUUUAAGCUUUUUAAAUGCAACAAAAAAUAAAACCCAAUGCCUACAAUUUCAAAUAUAUAAUGGUGAAACGGGCCAAUGUCAAUUUUGUCCAUAUAAUCAAGUUUCAAUUCAAGGAAUAUGUACACAAUGUCCUGAAAAAAUGAAGUGUUUAGACUCUCAUAUCUAUACUAUCGAUAAUUAUUAUUUGAUCAUUAAUUCUCCAUCAGAAAAGGAAAUUGGCAUCAACUCUGUUUUUAAGAUCUAUCAAUGUCCAUUUGGUUUUUGUUUUGAAGACAAUCAAUGCUAUUCAGAUAAUGCAAAAGAUAUUUUAUGUUCAAGAUGUGAAGGUGACUACUUAUAUGAACCAUCUAAAUCUAAAAAUGGUUUAUAUUGUUGUUCAAAUGGAUUCAAACCAGUGUUAAUUUUAGGUUAUCUUUUUUUUAAUAUCGGUUUUGCUUUGGUACUUUCUAACUAUAAAUAUAGUAUUGCUGGUAGUUUAUUGGGAUCCAUUAUAAUUUUGAUUCAAAUCAACUCAAUUGUUUUCUUUAGCUAUCCAGGUUUAUAUAUAUUACCAUUAUUUAGAACAUCUAUAGAUUUCAUUUUCAACUAUUGCACUUUUAAAAUCAACUAUCUAUACAAAUUUAAUAUUCAGUUAGCUACUAUUUUUAUUGUCUAUUUAAUUGGGAUUUCAGAUAUUACAUCAAAAUUAAUAGUAUGGUUUUAUAGCAAACAAAAACUACGUUUCUUUGGUAGAUUAUUCAUAUCAAGUGACACAAUUCAAAGAAUCUCAAAAGAAAAUAAAUCAAAUUUACAUAAUUCAAAAGUUUAUUGGAAUGUUUUUUUAAUGAUUUUACAACCCCUUUUAUUCAAUUUAUUUUCAAUUAUAAUAUCAAAAAAUAUUGAAAAUCAAAAUUACUUAAUCAUGGAUAUAACAAUUCAAUAUUAUUCAACUUCACAUAUUAUAUCAUUAAAAAAUCUAUAA